AUGGUCAAUGCGGCGUCGCGAGAACCACAGCUCGGGAUCGGCAAUCUUGAAGUUCACUCCUUCUGUGGCUCUUCGUCCAUAUCCUCGUUUUCCUCGACAUAUCCGCUGAAGCUCGUGUCCCCGCCAUGCCGACCAACUAGUCAGGCCGCCCUCGCCUUCAUGAUGAGUUAUGGAGGGGGGCUUGUCGCCGGCGACAGAGUGGAGUUAACAGUCACUGUCCAGCGCAAGGCGCGCCUAGCUCUCCUCACACAAGGGAGCACAAAGGUGUACAAGACGCCGUCGAGGUCAAUACGUUCACGCCAGGACCUCACGGUUAGAUUAGAUGACGGCGCGGCGCUGGUUCUGUUGCCGGAUCCAUUGCAGCCAUUCAAAGAUAGCGCACAUGAGCAAUGUCAGAUAUUCCAUGUUAGGCCUUCAUCCAGUGUGCUCGUCCUGGAUUGGGUUUCCGCCGGGCGGGCGGCGAGAGGAGAAGAAUGGCAAUUCUUCGAAUGCAAGACGCGAAAUGACAUUUGGGCUCUCCCGGACACGGAUAGUGGAUUUAAAGAGAAACUUUUGAUUCGUGAUAGUCUGGUUUUGAAAGAUGCAUCCGCCUGUUCUCAUUUUCGCGACGAGAUGGAUGACCUGGGCAUCUUUGGCACCCUCAUCAUUCGGGGGCCCAUGUUUCAUGCUCUUGGUGACUUCUUCAUCGCAGAAUUCUCGCGUCUUCCUCGCAUUGGGCCAAAUGGGCAAAGAGUCGAAGAAGAUGGCUUGCACUCGGACGGAUCUGUCAAGGCCUGGACAGCCGCCCGCAUACGGGGAUCUGUAGUUGUCAAGUUUGGAGCGCAGGAAGUCGAUGCCGCGAGACACUGGUUGAGAGACAUGCUGAUGAAAGAGGGAACUGUGGCGAAGGAAUUUGGCAUAAAGUCACUGCUGUGUUUACAAUAA